AUGGCGACCGCUCGCACGAGCUCGUCGGAGCUGGCCUCGAGCCUGCCCGCGUACCUCUAUCGCGCGCGCGUUCUCCGCGACUACUCGGACGCAGAGGAGGGGGAGCACACGCUGCGGCUCGUGCCGGGAGAGGAGAUCUACGUGUGCGAGAUCGAUGAGGAGUCCGCUUGGUGGGGCGGGUUUCGAACCCACAAUCCCGCGUUCUGCGGCUGGUUUCCCAGCCCGUAUGUGAAGAAGAUCCCGGGCAGCGAUGCGCCAACCGUGCCCACGCCCACGGAGGAGAAAAAGGACCUGUUGGUUGUACCUAGCGACGGUAGUUCAGCCGCGGCCACCUCGUCCGGUGCUCCUGCGAGAAAAUCUGCGGAAAACAAAAAGAACAGCGUCUCAUCGAGAACGUCCGCCUCGCAUCCUCCGAAGGCGUCCGCACGAGGAAGUGGCCGGGUCAGCGGGAACAAAAACAGUGAGUCGGUAGCUGCUAGAAGUGGUUCUGGGCGAAUUGACAAGCCGAAAAGCAGUCCUUCAGCUGUCCGUGGUGAAGAAGAAGGGGACAAACAACCGCUACCAAGCACGCCUUCUCGACAGGCUGGAAAGAAGAACAACAGAGACAGCAUUACAAAUACCACGACACCGUCGAUAAAAGAAGAUAAACCACAGCAGGGGAACUGCUCUACCACCGCGAACACGACAUUUCCAGUGCUAGAAGCGGGCACGCCGCCAUUGCCCCCAACUGAAGAGCAAGAGGAUGUGUAUCCGCCGAGUAACCAAAAACCUGGCGCAGGAGCAGCCUUGGGUGGAGGUUUGUGUGCGGACGACGUAGAGAGGAAACAGAAACAAACGCUCAGCAAAGCCUCCGGCGGGAUGUCAUCGUCGCCGAACUGCUCUACGACGGUAGAAAAUAACUCCACAUCCUGUAGCGGUAGUACAACCGACGUCUCGGCUGAUAAAACCAGUACAGGACCAUCAACCACCGCACGGAUAGACAUAGAACAAGCAGGAGGCGGGUCCUCCUCCUCGCCGCCCGUGCUGGUUGGAAACUCACCAUCACCGCAAAAACCGAAGGCCAGCACGCGCAUCAGCACGCGCGGGGGCAGCAGCAUCUUGAUUCCGAAGCUCGACAUGAAUAAAGCGCGCGCAUCUUCGACCCAGAGUGCGGUUAUCGAGGAAGAGGACACGCGGCCGAAGAAAAAAUUGUCCAGAGACCACGGGAAAUUCAUUCCAGCAAAGCGCAACUCCGUGUCGUCGACUGACGGAGUUGGAGUGGCUGCUGGUGCACAGAAGACAGCCACGAGCUCAAGCUACAAUCCUCCUAGCCGGACUGAAAACCAAGGUUCUUCAGCGAGUUCUUCGUCCGGCGUUUUGAAAUCGGCGAGGAGAGUAAAUUACGAGCCGUCUAGGUCUACGGCAAGGGAUGAUAACAAGCCAACUGAAGUAGAAGCAGGGCAAGGAGCCGACGCUCCGCCAACGUCAAGAUCGAAGCCGAAGGCCCGGAAGCGGGUGUCGAUUUCCUCAGUCUUUCUCGAAGAAGACGAACGCAAAAGGACCGCGAAAGAGAAGGAGCAGGAACAACUACAAGUAAAAGCAGAGGAUGCUCCCGAUGGGAGCACGACCAGGUCAACCUCGACGUCUUCUUCGUCCAGCAGCAGCUCUAAUCCACCUACCGUUCCGCCGCAAAAAGACCACCACCAGAACCUCCAGCAGAGCCAGCCGAACACCGCGCGCGGCGGGCGUCGCAUCGAGUCUGCGUUUCAGGAUUUUUUCGACCAGAAGGCCGAAAAGCUGAACAACGACCGGAAGACGCGGGAAAUGACGGAGCUGAAAGAGGAGGUAGAAAAGUUGAAAAAGGAGCUGAAAGCGAAGGAAUCCACGAUAUCCACACUGCAGUCCGACGCGUCUAACAACAAAAGGCUCUUGCAGCGUCGCCGGGAAAACGUGUUUCGGUACUUCGACCGAAAAAUCGAGGAGCGUUUCACCAUGGCACAGAUUGAGCAGAUCGAAAAAGGCGAAGACGUGCCCAUCCCCGCGACUUCCCGGAAAAAGGAAGAAGCGACCAACACCGCCGCUGCAAAGCUGGAAUUGCAGAAGGUAUGAAUACGAUCGUUUUCCUGUAUGAACAUGUACAUGAUGAUGUUGAGAGGAUUUUUCUGCUAGUUCAGGGUGGCACAAUGAACCGGAGUAAAAAUGCGACUCAAAAUCAUGCUGAUGCAAACCUCGAUGUAGAAGCGUCGACGUUUUCGGGUAUAUUUAUACUUUCUCUCCUCGUCCCCUCUACUAGGAGCACGACCGCACGCUUUCUGAGCUCAGUGCCGCGCGGGCGGAUGUGGAAACUUUGAAGCUUGAUGUGGAAGACCUGAAACUCCACUUGGAUGAGGAGAUUCAAGUUCGGAAAAAGCUGGAAAUCGACCUGGGCAAGAAGGAACUGCAGCGGAACCAGCUGAACUCCCUGCUGGACGAGAGUUAUCGGCUGUGGAAGGAAGACAACCGGGAGCGGGGAAAAUGGGGUAUAGUUCUUCUAAAGCAGGAACAAGUGGUCUUCACUAUGUUAUCGUCAACAGCUAUUCAAUCUCCACCGUCCACCAGAACAACAUCUGGUUUGGAUUGUUGCAGUAGAUAGCAGACGAAGAAGUGGAUAGUGGUUCUUCGUAGUAGUUGUCUCCUCUUAUCGUUAAUGUUGUCCUUGGUUCAUAUAGUAAUAGUUGUCUUUGUUUCCACCGUCACAAAAAAAAUCGAAAUUCCGCAGUGCAAAAGUACUUCGACCGAUACGUAGAGCUGGAGGAAAUGAUCAUUUCUGCCGACACGGAAGAAGGGCAGCGGCGGGUGGUCAAUAUCCGUCCCUUGCUGAUCGAAAAGAGGGAACGACGCUGCCGGGCUCGGGGAGCCGAGAAAGACGGUUUGUCGACUUCUUCGACGCAUCAGGUUCAACGACAAAGAUCCGGUAGGGCGUCAUUAAUCUUUUUCGUUCUGCUGCAGCUAUGUUGUAGUUCAUUUUCAUCGAAGAUCGCGGAUUUUUUUCUGCGUAUGGUACGCUAAACGUGAAUUGCGUGCACAACACUUCCUGCUUUGAAUAGAAAGAGUUUUGCGUUUCUCUUUGAUGGAACAACAGAAGCGGAAGAACGUGAAUGAUAUUGCUAUUAUUUUUUAAACCACCACUCCAACCAGCCGCUAUCCCCACGACGACCGGAACGUCGAGCCAGGUCCCGCUUUCCGCACGCGGCGUGGUCGCGGCACCGCCGCCCAUGUCGGCGCGAACGAAUCCGAUGCUGUCCGCCCGCGAUCGCGGUACAACCGGCGGCAUGUCGGCGCGAGGCAACUUUGCGGCGGAGCGGUGGGGCGGACCCGCCGGGCCGAUGUCCAAUCGCGGAGGUGGAGGACAGCAACCCUACCAGACCCCAAAUCUCCUGUCAGACAGCAGUUUUAUCGACCCAGCGGUGGCCGCCGUCAACACGCCGGGGAUCAUGACCAGCCGGCGCUACCUGGAAUCGCCCUACUCGGUUACCAAGAACUCGAAACCGCCGCAGCGCAAGCCGGUGGAGUUUCAGACGCCGACCUGCCGCAUCAAUGCCUGCAACAAUUAUGCGGAAAAUAACUCGAAUUUUGUCGACGAGCGGAGCACACCGCGUCCGGGCGGAGGUGGCCGAAACAGUGCAGUCAAGGAGCGCGUCACGCUCUUUCUGAACCAGUAG